CGCCCCGGGCAGUCGCUCAUUAAAUUUGGAAUAAAUAUUUAGAAAUCCGUUAUUAUAAUCCCUUUACAAUUUUCCCCAAAUAUUUGCGGCAUGUUUAAAGUGUCGCAGGAGAUGCGUUUAAAUACGCAGACCGCCUCCUCCACCUCCACCUCCAAUCCAAAUGGGAGUGGCCUGGAGGGCAAUAGUCCGGAGGAAGGCGGUAUUUUUGGACGCUACCAGCGCACGCCCGAUGCGGACGCCUAUCCCGCGGAACCGCCACGGGUCUAUGUGGCUCCCGAGUUGACCGAUGCCGGCAAGGUGCAGCUGCUCCAUUUUCCCAGCGGAGCACUGAGGGUCAACAGCUCGGUGGGAUUCAUCAUCAAGCGGAACGGGGUCAAGGGAAAUUUUGAGGUGCGCGUCGAGGGUCCCAGUGGACAACCCAUCCAACCUGUCCAGCAGCAGCAGUUGGAUCCGGAGCGGUUCCAGAUCGAUUGCCAAUUGGUUGCAGGAGCGGGCCUCUACAAAGUCCACAUCAAGUGCAAUUCCGUGACUUUGCCCCGCUCCCCAUUCAUCAUUGUGGCCAUUGCUGGGACUCCAGAAUCCAUUGAAGGGAAACCACCGAAUACAUCAGUGCCCAUCUUGGAUUCCGAUGCCAGCAAAGUGCAGAGUCGUGGCCUGGGCCUCACCCAUGUCAGUCUUGUCGAGCGCAACGAAUUCACAGUGGACUGCAGCCAGGCGGGGAGCAACAUGCUCCUUGUGGGCGUCCUGGGACAACGAGGUCCUUCUGAGGAGGUGGUGGUCAAGCACCUGGGUCGAAGUAUCCACCGGAUAACCUACCGGGUGUGCGAUCCCGGCGAUUAUAUCCUUGUAGUCAAGUGGGGUGAGCAACAUAUUCCGGGUUCCCCGUUUAGUCUAAGCGCCGAAUAGGGUAAGAUGUAAAUGUGUCUGUAGAAAGCUGACCUUGAUUUAAAGCUACCACCGUCCUACGCAUAAUCCUAAGUCCCACCUUUGGGCGAUGUGCACUUUAAUGAUGAUUACCUAAACAUUGUGGAUAGUAUGAGCAGGUUCUUUGUUGUUCUGCCCGUCGCUAAUGACGUUCGCAUUUGAAAACUGAAUCUGUCUUCGCCUCCCAACCUAAUGAUGAUGACCGGCAAAUAUAGGUAAACUGUAUGUAGGAACAAAUAGCCAUAUCAACAGCUGCCGUAGAUUUAAAGAAAGUAGAGCUUAUCAAAAAUGUACACGAAAACAAAUAAGUUCAUGUAAGAGAUUUAUAUUAUAAGAAAUUAUAGUUUGUAAUAAAAUCCAACGAAAUGCAAGCUAAAAUUGUUUUUUUAAUAUUUUGAUCGCAUUUUAUUA